AUGACGAGGAAGCUUCACAUCGCGGCGGCUUCUGCAGCCCUCAUUGUCACUUCGGCACUUGUGCUUCUGAAAUUGCCCACCAGCUCUGACUGGCGAAGGGCUGUCGCGGAAAGAGGUUGGGCGUCUGGCCAGCACGAGUCGCUUUUUAACUCUCGGCCACGUGAGCUCGUGGACGAGAUCGAAGAAAGAGUGGCAGAAAUUAUUCGUUAUCAAGAAGCUGUUCGCCGACCGCAAACUGUGUUUGUUUCCGACCCCUACCACGUUCGAGACUCCGCACUAGGAAGAUCCGAGAUUGCUGGCGAUGUCUCCGGGGUUUUGUGGGAGAGAACGGGAAGAGUUGUUGGUAAUCUACUCAUUGGAACCGUCGGGUGCAGUGAGUUUAGGAAUAUCACAGGAAUUGAGUUCCUGGGCUCUGGCUAUACUAAAACUGUUCUCAAAGGGACACUGCAGAACGGCACUGCCAUUGCCCUGAAAGCUGUUAACAGCCAGGGCGACGAAGUAAUGCGCUGUAUCCAGCGUUAUGGGCAAACUAGGGAUUGCUACAGAUUGGCGGCUUUCAAAAUUAUCAAGGAAAUUAGCCUGCUGCAAAAGCUGCAGCAUCCGAAUAUCAUCCAGUUAUAUGGUCAGUGCUACUAUGGUAGCUUGGAAGAUGGACUUGUAAUAACCGCAGUGAUGGAACUGGGAAGCCCAGUGGAAAUGAUUCAGCUUUUGCAAACUCCCUGGGAAGAGAGAUUUCGGAUUUGCCUGAGUCUAGUGAAGCUGCUCCAUUAUUUAGCUCACUCGCCUCUUGGGUCGGUGCUUCUAUUAGAUUUCCAGCCGCGUCAAUUUGUCAUUGUGGACGGAGAACUCAAAGUGACGGACCUGGACGAUGUCAGCACAGAAGAGCUUUCCUGCAAAGCAGACAGUGAUUGUGUCCUUGAGUUUCCCACCAGGAAUUUCAAUCUUCGAUGUACUGCAGAAGGGAGGUGUCAUAAAAUAAAUGAAAAGAGAAAUCUUUACAACGCAUUCAGAUUUUUUUUCACAUACCUCCUGCCCUACAGUGCACCCUCUGCCUUAAGACCUCUCCUGUGUGAAAUUAUGAAUGCAACAGGAGACCUACGAUAUGGAAUUAAUAAAACGUUAGAAGCUUUUGAAGAAGUGUUGUAUCUUUACAAAUCUGGAUUGCAUCACAUUAAUCUUUCUCAGUCCUGGCUGGAAGAUUAUAAGAUAUUUGAGGGAUUUCGCAUUCAAGACAAUUCAGACUACAAAUGUUGGCCGUCUUACAACCACCGGGGUUGUUUGCUGUCUGUCCAUAAUAGAGAGGAGGCUGCAGCAAUCUGCCAUUCUCAACAACAGUGCCAAAGCUUCAUUUUUACUCAGCAGACAACAUGGCUUGGACGAUACCUGGUGUCCUUCCGAAGCAGCACUGAAUUGGUAUUGGAUGUUAAUUCGACCGUCUACAUGAAGUCUAGUAGCUUAAGGGCACCGAUGUGA